AUGUACAAAAAGGAUGUCUAUGACUUUGGAAUUUUGCUUCUUGAGCUAAUUACAAGGAAGGAACCCAUUGAAAUUAAUAGUUUUUCAUAUGGUUGUAAUGGGAGUUUUUUUGAUUGGAUAACUCACCUUUUGAGCAAUUCAUUUGAUCUUCACAGUGUUAUUGAUAAUUCUCUGAUUGGCAAAGGAUUUGAUGGUGAAAUCUUUGAGUUACUUAGAAUUGCAUGUACCUGUCUUAACCCCUUCCCUAGUCAAAGGCCAACAAUGCUUGAAUUGUACAAUACAAUAAGUACUUUUGCGGAGAGAGAUGGCAUCACAAAUGACUCUGAGAUAUUGAUGCAACCUGAAAUUGCUAUUGCAAGUAGCUCAAUUGAAAUUAAUACAAUAAGUACUUUUGGGGAGAGAUAUGGCAUCACAAAUGACUCUGCAAUCUGA